CGCAGGCGCCCGGGGAGCUGCAAACUGAAGUAGCAAUGGACGCGCUGGAGUCGUUGUUGGAUGAGGUGGCCCUGGAGGGGCUUGAUGGCCUGUGUCUGCCCGCUCUGUGGAGCCGUCUGGAGACGCGAGUGCCUCCCUUCCCGCUGCCUUUGGAGCCCUACACACAGGAGUUCCUCUGGCGGGCUCUUGCUACCCACCCGGGCAUCAGCUUCUAUGAAGAGCCUCGAGAGCGACCCGACCUCCAGCUCCAGGACCGGUAUGAAGAGAUUGACUUGGAAACCGGAAUUUUGGAGUCCCGGAGGGAUCCAGUCGCUUUGGAGGAUGUCUACCCCAUUCACAUGAUCUUAGAGAAUAAGGACGGCAUCCAAGGGUCAUGCCGGUACUUCAAGGAGAGGAAAAACAUAACCAAUGACAUCAGGACCAAGUCUUUACAGCCCCGUUGUAUGAUGGUGGAAGCCUUUGGCAGGUGGGGGAAGAGACUGAUCAUCGUUGCCUCCCAGGACAUGCGUUACAGGGCCUUGAUAGGCUCGGAGGGUGACCCCGACCUGAAGCUCCCCGACUUCUCCUACUGCAUUUUGGAGCGAUUAGGCCGGUCCCGGUGGCAAGGGGAGCUCCAGCGAGACCUCCAUACCACUGCUUUCAAGGUUGAUGCUGGGAAGCUCCACUAUCACCGGAAAAUUCUGAACAAAAACGGGCUCAUUACAAUGCAGUCCCAUGUGAUCCGAUUACCCACCGGAGCCCAGCAGCACUCAAUUCUCCUCCUCCUGAAUCGGUUUCAUGUGGACAGGAGGAGCAAGUACGACAUCCUCAUGGAGAAGCUCUCGGGUGUGCUGAGCACACGGAGUAACCAGAUGGAGACCCUGGGCAGGCUGAGGGAAGAACUGGGGCUGUGCGAAAGGACAUUUAAGCGGCUGUACCAGUACAUGCUGAACGCUGGCCUUGCGAAGGUGGUGUCUCUCCCCUUGCAAGAGAUCCACCCUGAGUGUGGGCCUUGUAAGACAAAGAAAGGGACGGACGUCAUGGUGCGCUGCCUCAGGCUGCUGAAGGAAUUUAAACGGAAGGUCGAGGACGACCAUGACCAGGAUGACGACGACGACGAGGAGGUCAUCUCCAAGGCAGUGCCCCCGGUGGACAUCGUGUACGAGCGGGACAUGCUCACGCAGACCUACGAACUCAUUGAGCGCAGAGGCACGAAAGGAAUUUCCCAAGCUGAAAUCCGAGUGGCUAUGAACGUGGGAAAGCUGGAAGCAAGAAUGCUGUGUCGCCUUCUUCAGAGAUUCAAGGUUGUCAAGGGCUUCAUGGAAGACGAAGGGCGUCAGCGGACCACCAAGUACAUCUCCUGCGUGUUUGCAGAAGAGAGCGAUCUGAGCCGGCAGUACAAAAGGGAGAAGGCCCGGAGCCAGCUGCUGACCACAGUGAGCCUGGCCUCGGUGCAGGAGGAGUCACUCGUGCCGGAAGGGGAGGACACCUUCCUCUCCGAGUCAGACAGCGAGGAGGAGGGCAGCAGCAAGAGGAGAGGCAGAGUAUCCCAGAGUGACGGGAAGACCUGUUUGAAUGCCAGUCUCGGGGCCCAGCCUCAUCACUCCACCUCAGCGAAGGUUCAGUCCUGCUCCUCCCGCCCCUCCACUGCAGGCGGCUGGAAAGUCGUGAACCUCCACCCACCGAAGAAGCAGCCGCCUUCCUCGCUGGGAGCGGCUGAGGAGAAAGCCAGCCAGAGCUCUGCGGGCAGGGACAGCCUGCAGGACACCAGCACUUCCUCAGACCCCGGCGUGUCCUUCGGCUCCCGCUGUAUGAGGGGCAGCAGCGGUGACAUCACCGUGAUCGAAGAAGUCAGGCUGGAAAACCCAAAGGAGAGUGGCAGUUCCCAGAAGACAGGGAAGCACGGCCCAGGCCAAGACAAACCCCACGAAACUUACCGACUACUCAAACGCAGGAACCUGAUCAUAGAAGCUGUCACCAACCUGCGCUUAAUCGAGAGCUUAUUCACGAUUCAGAAAAUGAUCAUGGAUCAGGAGAAGCAAGAAGGCGUGUCUACCAAGUGCUGUAAGAAGUCCAUCGUCCGCUUGGUGCGCAACCUGUCUGAGGAGGGUCUCCUGAGACUGUACCGGACUACGGUUAUCCAGGAUGGCAUCAAGAAGAAGGUGGAUCUGGUCGUGCACCCGUCCAUGGACCAGAAUGACCCGCUGGUGAGAAGCGCCAUCGAGCAGGUCCGCUUCCGGAUCUCCAAUUCCAGCACAGCAAACAGGGUUAAAGUGCCCCAGCCUCCAGUGCCUCAAGAAGUUGAAGAAGAAAGUCAAGGAAAAGAGGGUCCAAGCGGAUCAGGAGACUCUCAGCUGAAUGCUUCCUCGAAACCAGAAAGCGUACGGGUGAAGAAAACCGAUGAGAAAAUGGGCAUCACCCAGCUGAAAAAUUAUAACCCUGUUAUAGUUCCAGGACUUGGCCGCUCUCUGGGGUUUCUGCCCAAAAUGCCUCGUCUGCGGGCAAUACACAUGUUUCUGUGGUACCUAAUCUACGGGCACCCCACCAGCUACCUGGAGGACAGGCCAAGCCUCGGCACUACAAGAAGAGUGAUAAGGCAGGACCCAGGCAGGAUGGGAGUCCCGCCCUCCUCCAGAAGUGGCCUGGAGGCCUCCUCUAACGCCCCAGCCAAGGACAGCCACGAUGGAAUAUUCCUGGAGACCGAAGUGGAGCUCCCCACGGAGAAAGUGUAUGUGGACGAAGCCUCAUGGAGACGCUACGUCCCUCCCAUCCCAGUCCACAAGGACUUUGGCUUUGGCUGGGCUCUCGUCAGUGACAUUCUCCUCUGCCUGCCCCUCUCCAUCUUUGUUCAGAUUGUACAAGUCAGUUACAAGGUAGACGACCUUGAGGAGUUUCUGAACGACCCUCUGAAGAAACACACACUGAUCCGCUUUCUGCCCAGAGCCGUCCGGCAGCAGCUGCUGUACAAGAGGCGUUACAUUUUUUCUGUGGUGGAGAACCUCCAGAGGCUGUGCCACAUGGGUCUGCUGCAGUUCGGCCCCACGGAGAAGUUUCAGGAUAAAGACCAGGUCUUUAUUUUCUUGAAGAAGAACGCGGUCAUCGUUGACACCACCAUCUGUGACCCGCAUUACAACCUGGCCCGCAGCAGCCGGUCCUUCGAAAGGCGUCUGUACGUCCUGAACUCCAUGCAGGAUGUGGAAAACUACUGGUUUGAUCUGCAGUGCGUCUGUCUCAACACCCCUUUAGGUGUGGUGCGCUACCCGCGUGUCAGGAAGAGCAGUACCCAGGAUCAGGGCCUUGAUGAGGAGGGCAGUCUGCAGAAGGAGCAGGAGAGCGCCAUCGACAAGCACAACCUGGAGCGCAAGUGUGCCAUGAUGGAGUAUACCACGGGGAGCCGUGAGGUUGUGGAUGAAGGCUCAAUCCCCGGGGAUGGGCUGGGAGCCGCCGGGCUCGAUUCCAGUUUCUACGGGCACCUAAAGCGCAACUGGAUCUGGACCAGCUACAUCAUCAGCAAGGCCAAGAAGGAGAACACUGCUUCCGAAAACGGGCUCACGGUGAGGCUGCAGACGUUUCUGUCCAAGCGCCCGUUGCCACUCGGUGCCGGAGGUACGUGUGCGGGGAGUUCCCUCCAGACACAGAUGUGGGGCAGUGGCAGGUUGAAUAUCUGGGGCGAAGCCAGAGUGGGAGCUGAGCUCUGCGCCGACCGGGAAGAGCAGUUCGAGAUGGACCGAGAGCCCACGCUGGACAGGAACCGGAGAGUAAGGGGUGGAAGGAGCCAGAAGCGGAAACGGCUGAAGAGAGACCCCGGGAGGAAGAUCAAGAGAAAGAAAAAAGAAGAGUCCCCCCAAGAGAAAAGCCGGAGCCUGCGCUACCACGACGAGGCGGACCAGAGCGCCCUGCGGAGGAUGACCCGGCUGCGCGUCACCUGGUCCAUACAGGAGGACGGGCUGCUCGUGCUCUGCCGGAUCGCCAGCAACGUCCUCAACACCAAGGUGAAGGGCCCAUUCGUCCCCUGGCAGGUUGUGCGGGACAUUUUGCACGCGACCUUUGAAGAGUCUCUGGAUAAAACGUCUCACUCGGUUGGACGAAGAGCUCGCUACAUCGUCAAAAACCCACAAGCCUAUCUGAACUAUAAGGUUUGCCUCGCUGAGGUGUACCAGGAUAAGGCACUUGUUGGAGAGUUCAUGAAUCGAAAAUGUGACUAUGAAGACCCAAAGGUUUGUGCCAGUGAGUUUAAAGAAUUUGUGGAGAAGCUCAAAGAGAAGUUCACUUCGGCUCUAAAGAAUCCUAACCUUGAAAUCCCAGACACACUCCAGGAGCUGUUUGCCAGAUACCGAGUUCUGGUGAUUGGAGACGAAAAGGAUCCAACCAGGAAAGAGGAUGAACUGAAUAGCGUGGAUGACAUCCACUUCCUGGUACUCCAGAACCUGGUCCAGAGCACACUGGCCCUCUCGGACAGCCAGAUGGAGUCCUGCCGGUCAUUUCAGACUUUCCGCCUGUACCGAGAGUAUAAGGACCACAUCCUCGUGAAGGCCUUCAUGGAGUGCCAGAAAAGGAGCUUGGUCAACCGGCGCCGCGUCAACCACAUGCUGGGCCCGAAGAAGAACCGGGCUCUGCCCUUCGUGCCCAUGUCCUACCAGCUGUCCCAGAGCUACUACAGGAUUUUUACAUGGCGAUUUCCCAGCACUGUCUGCACGGAAUCAUUCCAGUUCUUCAACACAAUCCUGGCUGCCGGCAAGUUGGACCAGCCCGAUAAUUUUUCCUUCAAAGACCAGGAUAAUAGCAAGUCUACCAGUCACCUGGUGGCAUUUUCUCUGGACAGCCCUGGAGGACACUGCGUGGCCGCCCUGACCCUUUUCUCUUUGGGCCUCAUUUCCGUGGAUGUCCAGAUCCCAGAGCAGAUUGUCGUGGUGGACAGCUCCAUGGUGGAGAACGAAGUCAUGAAGAGUCUGGGGAAGGACGGGGGCUUGGACGAGGAUGACGACGAGGAGGAAGACUUGGACGAAGGCUCGGGGAGCAAGCGCCGGGCCAUCGAGGUGAAAGCCCGCCAGGCCUCCCACACCAACUACCUGCUGAUGCGGGGCUACUGCGCGCCCGGCAUCGUCAGCACCCGCAACCUCAACCCCAACGACAGCAUCGUGGUGAACUCCUGCCAGGUGAAGUUCCGGCUGCGCCGCACCCCCGCGCCCACCCGGCUCCAGCCCACCGACCCUUCUCUGGAAGAGCUGCCGGUGGGCAUAUCCUGCCUCCCUGCUGCCUUCACCAGGCUGAUGAAGAGCCAGGGGGCGGCCUGCAGCCUGGAAGCGUUUGUCCACCAGGUGGAGCUGUGCGGGUAUGAGCCGGGAGACGUGUGCGCCGUCUUGGAGGUCCACGGGGUCAUUGCGGCCACUGGGUGCUUCGGGGUGGACAGAGUGGAGCUGAGCAGGUGGUUCUCCGCCUUUGAGAGGACAGAUGCCGAGCGCACCAGGACCUUCGCAGACUACGUCCAGGACCUCCUGGAGCAUCGCCAGGUCCUGGAAGUCGGUGGCAACACCAUUCGCCUGGUGGCUAUGGUCUCUGCCCAGCCCUGGCUCCUGCACUCGGUGCGGCUGAAAGGCAGAGAGGAGGAUGCGUACCCUCAAAGGGAAGACCCCCAGGCCAGACCCCAAGAUGGGCCUUCCGGCGAGGACAGCCCCUCGGAGAGGCAGGCACCGCCUUCCCAGGGCCCCCGGAGCACCAAGAGGCGCGCCAGCUGGACGAGCAGGGACGUGGCCGGUCAGGGCGGAGAGAGCGACUCAGAGAGUACCCAGAAGCCCCCCGCCAAGAGGCCCACGCUCCAGGAUGUGCGCUUGGCUCCCAGCCCCAGGCCCCGAGGGGAAGAGGGGCCAGAAGCCCCCACACCCUCUCUGCCAGCAGCUCCCGGAGACACAGGUGUGAAGGAGCCUCCCCCAAGAGCACCAGAGGCCGGGCCGGAGGACCAAGAGGAUAGCGGGGUUCCCAGCCCUCUAGGCCAGGAACAGCUGAGCUGUCAGGCCCAGCUUCCAGAAGGAUCUGAAGACCCCAGAGGUUUGGCCGAGAGUUCUGUGGCCGGCAGCCUCUCCCAAGCAGCGUGGGGAAAGGACUGCGAGAACAUCUCCUUCAUCGCCCGCCCGUGGCGCAUCGUGGACGGCCACCUGAACGUGCCGGUGUGCAAAGGCAUGAUGGAGGCCGUGCUCUACCACAUCAUGAGCCGGCCCGGCAUCCCUGAGAGCUGCCUGCUGCGGCAUUACCAGGGCGUGCUGCAGCCCAUCGCCGUGCUCGAGCUGCUGCAGGGCCUGGAAUCCCUGGGCUGCAUUAAGAAGUGCUUGCUGAAAAAGCCGGCAGCUGUCUCUCUCUUCUCCAAGCCCCGGGUCGCGGAGGGCCAGGCGCCCUACAGCCCAGGCGAGAGCCCCACUGUGUUCUACGAGCCCACGCUGGACUGCACCCUGCGGUUGGGCCGCGUGUUCCCCCACGAGGUCAACUGGAACAAGUGGGUCCACUUAUGAGGCGUGUCGUCAGCACGACCCCUCCCGCCGGUGCACGGGGGCACCGAGGCUCUGUGCCAAGCCUCCCGCCUGCCUGCUCCGUGGGUCUUCCAGACCGAGGGCCCUGCCCGGUCCCACCAGGCAUUGUCAGGGGGCAGCUGCCGGGAGGCUUGGGUCCCUGCUGUCCCUCUCUUGUCCCCAGGGUGUCUUAGCCGUGGCCGCAGCACGGAUCCUGCUCGCCCGUCGCUGCCUGCCUUCUCUGCGGAACUUGGGUUGUGGUGAGUUUGAGAGGCCCUGGUGGGCUUGGCCUCUGAGGGCCUCCACCGUUAGGGAGCAGAGCUGCCUGCCCGGGCCCCUGCGCCUCCCACGCUCCUUGUGGGCCUCAGCUUGCGUUGCUCACACCCCGUGUUGCAGAUUCCAGCCCUCAUGGCAGAAAGGCCAAGUGCCCCAAGUGCAGGGCCUCGUGGGGGGCGCGUCACAGAACAGGGGCUGCAUGUCCUGCCACCAAGGGCCCCAGCAGGGACUGACCCCUCUCCAGGCAGCACAUUGGACCCAGAGAGGAGCCUGGGGUUCCCUUGUUGGCCUGGCAAAACGCCCAGCGGGCCUCCGGGAGGGGGGCGCCCUUCCUGUGGGCUGGAGCCAAGGAGCCUUGUGGGCCUGGGGUUGGUUUGUUUCUUUCACUUCUUUUUUCUUUAAAAAAAUCCCUUGGCAUGUAUUUAUUUAUUUUGUAAUUAAAGUGAAGUAAAAUGCG